GUAUAAAUUACUAAUGGUGUGGGAUUGGGAAUCUCAACAAUGGGUAGGCCUACAUGUAUAUAUUAGUAAUAGUGUGGGAUUAGUAAUCUCAACAAUGGGUAAGCCUACAUGUAUAUAUUAGUAAUGGUGUGGGAUUGGGAAUCUCAACAAUGACCAUACUCGCGGCGUAUAAAUCUCUGUGCUGUCAUGGAAGGAACAUUCUUCCUUCCUGUCUGCUACUCCUGGCGAUAGCAGAGUAUCCCGUAACCAGACUUCUAAUAACUACAGGGGGGAGAGUCAAUCAAUUCUGUCUGAUAUUUGAAGUGAACACAUCUUUUCCGCUGCCAGUUUUGCCUCUCGGUCAAGUGGAGUACAACACCAUGACCGCUAUUCAGAUAAAGGUCCCAGUAGGAGCACCCCGACAGAGGAAGGCCCGGCCUCCCUUCCUGGAGGUGUUGCCCCGCAGCCUGAUCAUCCUCUGCACGGCCCUGGCCAUUGUCCUCUCCUCCAUAGCUGUGUGCGAUGGACACCGGUUGCUGGCGGGCCUGGAGGCAGUGGUGGAACGAACAGCCUCACCUAACUCUACAACCCACCUAGGUGUAUCUGGGGUGGCGGUCGGCCUGGGCCUGGGUCACUCUACGGUCUUCCUGGCUGUGGCGGGAGCUAUCUUUGGCCUGGAGUUGCUGGUCAUAUCGCAGGUGAGUGAGGACCGGGACUCGGGAUGGCGGUGGGGCCUGGGGUCAGCUCUGGUGCUUGUGGCGGUGGCGCUGUCGGCAGGGGGAGUGGUGGUGUUGGUGUCUCUGCUCCGGCAGCAGGCCUCUCCUUUGGGCUUCACCCUUACCUUCUGGUGUCAGUUUACCGCAGUCUUCCUGCUCUUCCUCAACGGCAUGGCAGCGCCACAUCCAUCACAUGGCCCUGCAGGCACCACCUAG